UGGCCAUCUCAAUUGCGAGAUUGAAACGUGUGAAAUAUGGAACAAAACGCGAAGCCUAAACGCUCUUUUAAGCGUCCGUUUACCUUUCCAAAGAACUGUGUUUACCGCCCUCUACGGCAGAUAAGCAACAUGGAGCGUAGCCAAAAGCUGUCCGCCGAACAACCAACCUACUUCACGCUCAAUGCACCGCCCUCGUUGGUUCCGGCCAAGAAGUACUCGGAUAUCAGCGGUCUGCCCGCUCCUUAUGCCGAUCCGCACACGAAACUAAGGUUCGCCAGCGCCGACGAGUACGCGUCCAUGCAGCACAUGCCCUCGGACAUCGUCAAUGGCUAUCUCAUGGUGCGCGGCUAUACGAGCGCCGUGGGAUAGUUCGUUCGAUCCAUAUGGUGCAUACAUCCCAUGUACUCGCUGUGUUCCGCCCCUGGAGACCUUGCGAUCCAACUACCACUCAUAAUAGGCAAUUAGAGCGCUGCUGACCUUACUCUUACUGGCAUUGCGUGCGAGGCUGUUGCUUUCAAGUGAUUCGAUGACUGUUUCCUGGCUGGAACACCGCGUUCAAGGGGAGUUACAUCCACAAUUACCAUAUAUAUGCAUUCGCUGCCUAAAAGGAGAUGAUCUCUGUAAAUUGGCUAUAGAGAUUUGUCACUAGUUUGACCGCAACAAUAGAUUAGGUAAUUCCAAGGUGACAUGAAUACCUUGGCGGUUUGAAAUUGUUCAAAUUGACAAAACGGCUGCCACAUAGAUCCUAAUGCGAAAAGCAAAUAUUUAUACAGCCGACUCGUGCAAGUUUGGAGUUCGCAAUGAAAGGCCCGCAGAUUAAUAUAGUGUUAAGUUAACCAUCUAUACAAAAUUCAGCAAGAAGGCAAAGUAAACAAAAGUGAAUAAUAUGAUUAAUGUGUCUAAAUAUGUGUAAGUAGCCAAACUAUAAAUAUGUUCUUUUUAUGGGCUGCAGUAAACAUGUCACAGGACAGCAUAAGUGGCAACUACAGAUAAGUACGAUUUCAGCGGCCUGUUGCCGAAGUGUCAAGAGGUAUGACUACGCGGUCAAACACCCGAAUUGAACUCAUUAAGUGUACGCACAAGUUUAUAGUGUGAACAAAUGAUUUUAAGAUAUUAUAUUCAUUUUCUUAUCGGGCAUUUUGGCGAAAGGACGAUUUAUAAAUGUUUCAUGAACUAUAUUCUAUAAUCGCAUAGUCAUAAUUAUUGUGUAUCAUUUAAGGACGAUUUAUAAAUGUUUCAUGAACUAUAUUCUAUAUUCAAAUAGUCAUAA